GGCUUUUGCCUGGGAACCGAUUGUUGUCACCCCGCCCCCUUUGGGGCUUUUUAUCCCGUUAACUGUCGGAGUGGCGGGGUCUUCAGCUCCGGGCGACAUGCCGGUUCGCUUCAAGGGGCUGAGUGAAUACCAGAGAAACUUCCUGUGGAAAAAGUCAUAUUUAGCAGAGUCUUAUAAUCCUUCUGUGGGGCGAAGGUACCCAUUGGCUGGACUUAGAUCAGAUCAAAUAGGGAUUACGAAAGAGCCAAGUUUUAUUUCAAAAAGAAGAGUCCCCUACCAUGACCCACAGAUUUCAAAGUCUCUUGAGUGGAAUGGAGCCAUCUCAGAGAACCAUGCGGUUGUAUCACCAGAACCUGAAGCCCCAGGAUCAACAAACCCACAAGAGGCAGAACAAAAGGAAGUUGUGAACCAGGAAGGAGUUCUCUCAUUAGAGGCCACCAGGGUUCCCAAGAGAACCAGAUCACAUUCUGCAGACUCCAGAGCUGGGGGGACUUCAGAUGUCGUGGAAAAGAAUGAAGGUGUAAUAACAAACCAUAUCCCAGUGAAUAAAACUGUGGAACCGGACAAUUCUGCUAAGCUUUCUUCAGAAAAUGUAGAAAAUGGGGUAGAUAGACUUCUACGUAAGAAAGCUGGGUUGACUGUUUCUCCUUCUCAUAAUGCCUUGAGAAAUUCUGAGUAUCAAAGACAGUUUGUUUGGAAAACCUCUAAAGUGACGACUCCAGUGUUUGCAGCCAAUCAGGUUUUCUACAAUAAAAGCAAAUUUGUUCCACAACUCAAAGGUAACUCAAUUGUCCACGAAACUGAAUACAAAAGAAAUUUUAAAGGUUUGUCUCCAGUGAAAGAAUCAAAAUUAAAUGAUUUGAAAGAAAACAGAAAUCUUGAAACAGUAUCCCCUGAGAAGAAGAGUAAUAAAAUGGAUGAUCCUGUAACAUUAGAAGCAGAGAUGGCAUCAAAAGACUCCAACAAGCCUAAAAAGACUGCCACUCCCUGGAGGCAUCAAAGGCUUGGGAAGGUGAAUUCUGAAUACAGAGCAAAAUUUCUUAGCCCGGCUCAGUAUUUAUAUAAAGCUGGUACUUGGACCCGUGUAAAGGAAAACAUGCCAAGUCAGGAUUCUCUAAAUGCCAUGUGGUAUGCAGAGGUUAAAGAACUCCGAGAAAAGGCUGAGUUUUACAGAAAACGGGUUCAGGGAACACAUUUUUCUCGGGAUCAUCUGAAUCAGAUUGUGUCUGAUAAUAAUUGCUGUUGGGAUGUCUCCUCAACUACAAGUUCAGAAGGAACCGUUAGUAGCAACAUCAGAGCAUUAGAUCUUGCCAGAGAUCAUACAUGCCAUAAGACAUUACAGAAACAUUCCCCUACAAAACCAGAAGUAAAGAAAGGUAUCUUGGAAGAACCGCCCCAGCAAAAUGCCACAGACAAAUUGGACAUGUCUGAUGCUCCCACCAUACCUGUUAGCAGGCGGCUGGCUUGGGAUGCAGAAAACACCGGUGAAGAUGGGCGUAAACGUCUCAAUGGAGAACCGGAGGAGGAGCAGGGAAGGGACAAGCCGUCUUGCAUGGAAGAGCCAGAGAUGUUGGAUGUACAUGAGAAAUCUAAGGCAGACAAGAUAAAAGAAGGGUCAGAUAUUUCUUCUGUAUCAUCAUCAGGAAAAGGAGGCAGGCUUCCUACUCCAAAGCUGAAGGAGCUUGGAGGGGUCCAGAGGACUCAUCAUGAUCUUACUACUCCAGCUGUUGGAGGGGCUGUUUUAGUGUCUCCCUCUAAAGGGAAACCUCCAGUCCCAGAGCAGAGGAAAAGAAUGUUCUCUCAAGAUGGCUUGGAAACAUCAAAGAAUGUUUUUACUAAGAAAGAAAAUCAUACUAAAUAUCGACUGACUUCUCCCACUGCUGGUAUCAAAACAAUUGACCCCCUGCCUUUGCGGGAAGAUUCGGAAGCCGUUAACCCCAAAUUUGCUGAGGCAACUCUUCCAGUUUCCAACAAUCCCGAAUAUUCAGCAAACACCCCUGGACAGUUGCCUUCUCCACCACAGGCUCCGUCCUAUUGGCAUCCUUCUUGUCGCAUUCAGGGGUCUCUGAGACAUCCAGAAUUUCAGCAUAAUGUAGGAAAAGCCAGGAUGAACAAUUCCCAGUUACCUCCACAUGAAGCCUUUCACAAUGAAGAUGAAGACAGAUUGUCUGAGAUUUCUGCUCGCUCCGUGGCUACUAGUCUCCGGGCUUUUCAAACUCUGGCACGAGCACAAAAGAGGAAGGAGAAUUUCUGGGGCAAAACAUAAACUUAGCUGACUUCUUUUUCUCUAAGGAAACUCUUGGAAAUUUUUUUUGCUCACCAUGUUAAGAUUUUUGAGUUAGUUUUCUUCUGACAUUUCCAACAUAAAUUUUUUCAAUAGUUCAUUUUACCUGGAAAUUCUUAACACAGGCUUACACAAGUUUGACUUAAAAAAUUCUUUUUUAUAUUUAUCCCAAAAUGCAAAGGCAUAGAUGAAAUAGUUCUUCACAUGCUCUGUCUUUGGGAUUAGUUGUAAAAGAUAACUGGUAGAAUUAUGAAUUUUAUCCUUCCAGAGAUGAAUCUGAAGAGAAAAAAUGGAGUAAAAAUUAAAAUUCAAGUGUGGAGUAUCUAUUCCCUGAAUCUUGGCCCUAUGUUUUUACAAUUAUAGAUGCCAUAAAAUGAUUUUUUAUUGUCAGAGUGAUGUACAGAGGGGUUAUAAUCACAUAAGUAAGGUAAUAAGUACAUUUCUUGUCAAACUUGUUACUCCCACCCUCAUUUUUCUCCUACUAAAAUGAUUUGUUUUUAUUUUGAGCUUUUGCUUUAGUAUUUGUUCUCCCCUUCUGUUUAUGGUUGCAGUGUUAUUUAAGAUAAUUGUACUUUGAAAAUAUCAGCUGAAUAUAUUUUUCUUAUUUAUGUAACAAUUUACUGAGAAUAUGUAUAUUUUUGAUCUUUGUGUGUAAUCUAUUUGUAUAAUAAGUUUGGCUUAUAUUUAAAUAAUGUCUGGAUUUUGAAAAAUGUACA